AUGCCGGUAGUCGAAACCGAGCAGACUGGCGAGCAAGCCAACUCGGCCUAUGUCCAGAGGUCGGUUGAUACCUUGCCUGUAGCUGCUGGCGGGAACCACAACGCAAAUGGUGGGAGCUACAACAGCGGGAACUACAACACCAACAAGGGGAGUGGGUCUAACGGGAACAUCGGCAACGGCGGCAGCGCCUAG